UAUUCGAAGGGAGAUUACCUGGCGUACACCAUGGUGCAUCUACACUACAGCAAGUCAUAGUGUAGCUGUAACCUGCCAGUUACCUGGUAACUACUGAGCAGACUCUACUGUAGCACUAUUAGCAUUAUCCUGUCAUCCUAGCGAUCAAAGCGACUCUCGUAGAAGGUUUUUGUAAACCACGCUGAAAGACUGCUGGGCGGUGGUGGCUUUGUCGAGAUUUGACCGUUCCCUAAGGCAGAAUGCUCUGUGGCUAGGUGUUUCGUCGAAUCAUUCAUUGGCCAUGGAGCUAGAAGUAGAACCACUUUGUCGUCACGUGUAGCUUGAAAUACGAGUCGUAGUUAGUUCGCGGUGUGCAUAUAUCUGCAAACACCUACUCCCUAGCGACAGGUAACGUCAGUAGCGAUCGAUAUCGUGAUAAUGGACCAAGCAGCUGCCCUGGGACUGGGAGAGUCGCGGAAAGUCAAGGAACCGGUGGCGUACUUGCAUGAACUACGGGGACAUGCUGGGCCGGUGCGGGAUGUGCGGUUCUGCCACAAGGAUGAGCAUGUGUUGACGGCGUCCGAUGAUGCCACAUUACAACUAUGGGACAGGAAGAGCGAGUUCUCAAUCAGCACUUUCCAUCACACGCAAAACCAGCCGGUCACCGCGUGCGAUCUCAACAACGAGCAAGAUCGCAUUCUGUCAUCAUCCUGGGACCAGACACUGCGACUGUGGAGCCUGGAGACAGGAAAAGAAAUAUGGGGAGCAGAGCAUGACUGUCUUCUGACUGGCUGCACACUGGAGCACAGUAGUGACGUGCCACUGGCACUCAGCUCUGGUGACAACCGCACCGUGUACAUGUGGGAUACGGGUAGGAAACCGAACAGCCCGGUGCAUGCCUUUACAGGUCAUACCAACACGGUGACGUCAUGCCAGAUGAAUGCCGAGCGCAACAUUGUCGUAUCCACCUCUAUGGACCAAACCACUGCUAUAUGGGAUAUGCGUAUGCCUCACCGACUCCUCAUCAGCCUCAAGGACCACAUCAACGCUGUGUGCAGUUGUCACAUGACCAGGUGCGGCCGCUUCUUAGUGACGUCCGGUUAUGACAGGGUGUGUUACGUCUAUGACAUCGCCACCGGUAUGUACAGGAAAACUGGACCAGCAUCACUGGCCAUCCACGAAGGUUGCAUAGGUUGUUGUCGCUACAGUCCGAACAGCAAGUACAUUGUCACAUGUGGCUACGAUAACUUGUUUGCCGUGUGGAGUACAACCGACUAUGGCAUGUACUACAAGUUGAAGAACGGACACGAUGACUGGAUACUGGCAGCCGAUUUCUCGGAUGAAGAAGACUGGCUAGCGACUGCAUCAAGGGAUGGUUCUGUGAGGAUCUGGACUGCAAACACACCACCCACUGAGACAUAUACCGACCCGCGCAAGAUGCUCGGCCUGAACAUUGACAAGUGCAUCCGGUGUGGACGAGACUUCUCCGCCGUCAACGGUGCAGGCAGAGGAUCGGCGCCAGCAGCGAACGCUGGUGGCAAACAGGAGGCGCCCGGCUGGUGCGUCAUCUGCAGGCUCAAGCACCCGUCGCGUGCGUUUGGUAACCUGGAGCACGAGGAAACGAUGGCGCGUAGUAAGGAGCGGAAACGAUCAGCGCCGAAAAGUGCACGUUCAGUAAAAUCAUGACCACUUGAAGUGUACAUGGCACAACCGAAGAUCAACUUCAAAUGACCGGGCAGCGUGACAUUCAAACGUAAUGGAUAUGUUGGGAAGUGCAUCAUGACGGAAUGGAGGAAUGGUACUAACUUAAGCGACAACCACUCAGGGUGGAUCAUGUUCUCGUUACACUAUUGGUGAUACGGUACCAAUUGAUGGUGGUGAUAGCGCCGAGCCUUCAUUGAGACAGUCUUUGAUCAAAUGUACUCUGCCGCCUGCACGCACAUUGUGUAGACACGUGGAGAUUCAACGUGUUCAGGCCCUUCGUCGGCUGUGUUUGUGUGUGACAGCACACGUGCAGCUUUAAACUUGAUUGGUUCGUUGUCUGGCAAGCGUGCUCAAACGGGCUGCGCUGAGCAGUGGCCUACACGACGACGGUCCCGGGUGUGCUACAACAAUGUAAAGUUACAAUGCACACUGUGACGUGUACAGUACACACUGACACCGGAUUCAUAAACAUGUCCAGUGCACGCUGAUACGCUCAUCAUGGACAUGUUACAGUUACGUACGGUGUGUGUACCGGCAGCAGUGACAUGGCAUGGCCAUGUACAGUGCACAUUGCCACCACCGCAGAAUCACUAUGAAGCCACAGUGUAUUGGAUCACCUGCAGAGCUCAACCCGCAUUCUCUUCAGCCGAUAGUCUGGAGAAGAUGUUAUACACAUUACUAGUACUAGUGUCACUCAAGUACAAUGCACUGCAGUACUGUUCUAUACUGGUAGAUACUGAGCACUAUCUGAAUUGUAGCUGCUGAGAAGCUCUGUGUGUGCGUGUGUGUGACGGUGUGUGUGUGUGU